AUGGACUCUGAGUAUGAGAUAGGCCAUGUCCGCAAGCUCCAAGCUCAGCAUACACACAUGCAGGAGAAGACCUUUAUCAACUGGAUAAAUAACAUCUUCCGACUAGGACGGGUAGGCAUCAGGAUCCAGAACCUGUACACAGAGCUUGCUGACGGUGCCCACCUACUGCGGCUGUUAGAGCUUAUCUCUGGGGAGGCCCUGCCAGCGCCCAGUCCAGGCCGCCUGCGUGUACACUUCCUGGAGAACAACAGCCAUGCCCUGGCCUUCCUCAGGGCCAAGGUACCCGUUCCCUUCAUUGGGCCAGAGAACAUUGUGGAUGGAGACCAGUCACUCAUCCUGGGACUCCUCUGGGUCAUCAUUCUGCGUUUCCAGAUUUCCCACAUCUCCUUGGACAGGGAGGAGUUCGGGGCCAGUGCAGCUUUGCUGUCUGCCAAGGAAGCCCUGCUGGUGUGGUGCCAGAGGAAGACAGCCGGCUACAGCAAUGUGGACAUCACCGACUUCUCCCGAAGCUGGAGCGACGGCCUUGGCUUUAAUGCCCUGCUCCAUGCUCACAGGCCGGACCUGCUGGAUUAUGGUUCUCUGAGUCUGGACCGCCCGCUAUAUAACCUGUCCUUUGCCUUCCGCGUGGCUGAGCAGCAGCUGGGCAUUGCCCAGCUGCUGGACGCAGAGGACGUGGCAGCCCGGCAUCCAGAUGAACGCUCCAUCAUGACCUAUGUGUCUCAGUACUACCACUAUUUCUCCCGCCUGCAGCAGGGGCAGACGGCCCGGAGGAGGCUGGCUAAGGUCCUGCUGCAGCUGCAGGAGACGGAGGUGCUGCAGGCUCAGUACGAGCAGCUGGCGGCUGACCUGCUCUGCUGGAUGGAAGAGAAGCAGAUGCAGCUGGAGGCCCAGGACUUCCCAGACUCGCUGCCUGCCAUGCGCCAGCUACUGGCAGCCUUUGCUUCCUUCCGUGCCCAGGAAAAGCCGCCUCGGCUGCAGCAGCGAGGGGCUUCAGAGACCCUGCUCUUCCAGCUGCAGACAACGCUCCGAGCCCAAAACCGAAGGCCAUUCCUACCUCGAGAGGGCUUGGGCCCUGCAGAGCUGGCCCAGCGAUGGGCAGAGCUAGAGAGGGUAGAGGCCUCCAGGAGCCAGGCCAUGCAGCAAAAGCUGCUACAGCUGGAGCGACUGGACACUCUGGCCCGCCGCUUUCAAUGCAAGGCAUCCCACCGGGAAAGCUUUUUAAACGAUGCAGAGCAGAUGCUAGAACAGGCCAGAGCUUCCCUCACCGACCCGGCCACAGUGGAGGCAGCCACUCAGAGGCUGAACAUGCUGGAGGCUGGCCUCCUGCCCCAGGAAGGGCGCUUCCAGGCCUUGGGAGAGAUGGCAGACAUCCUCCAGCAGGAAGAGUAUCACAGCUGGGCAGAUGUGGUCUGCAGGCAGAAGGAGAUUACUGGGCGCUGGCGGAGACUCCUGCAGUGUCUACAGGAGGAGAGGAAGCGCCUGGCAGGCACGCAAGCUGUGCUGAGUCUGCUGCAGGAGGUGGAGGCUGCCACUGACCAGCUUGGGGAGCUGCAGGGGUUGGUGGGCUCCACGGCCUGUGAGCCACAGCUGGCAGAAGUAGUGUUGCUGCUGCAGAGCCAUGACCUGCUGGAGGCCCAGGUGUCAGACCACAGGACCCACGUGAAUCGUCUUGUCCACCAGACAGCACAGCUGGACUCCUCCCAGGGCACCAGUGUGCAGACAUUGCAGACUAAAGCCCUAGCACUAGAUGAGCUCCACCACAGCCUGGUGUCUCUUGUCAGAGCCCGACGCACCCUGCUGGAGCAGACCCUCCAGCGGGCACAGUUCCUGCACAGCUGUGAAGAGGAGGAGGCCUGGUUGCAAGAGCACAGACAGCUAGUGGAGAAGGCAGCCCCGGGCCAGGACCUCACUCAGAUCGCUAAUGCUCUGCAGAAACACAAGGCUCUGGAAACAGAACUGCAUCGCCACCAGGCUGUGUGUAUAGAUCUCAUGCAGAGGGGACGCAACCUCAGUGUCAAAGAGCCCCUGACACAGCCAGAUCCUCUGGAAAGGGCAGAAGCAGUGCAGGGAACAUGGCAACUGCUCUGGACUGGAGCCGCAAGGCGGCGCACCCGGCUGCAAACAGCACUGCUAGUCCGGCAGUACUUUUCUGACUUGGCCGAGGCGGCUUCCUGGCUUCUCCAGCGGCAGAAACAACUGGAAAGCGCGUCCUACGGGAAGGACCAGUCAGACUCCGAGGCCCUGCUGCAGCAACACCUGCGUCUGGAGCAAGGCUUGUGCGCCUUCGCGGUGGAUCUGCGCGAACUGGAGGAUCAGGCGCGGGCUGCUGCAGCCCUGGUGCACACGGGGACACGGAAAGGACCCAGACACGUGCCUCCUACACCAAAUGUGAGGUCUCCCCAGAGUAUUGGUGUGCUCUCUGCCCUGGGCCUUCCAGGAGAAGACCCCAGGACAGCUCCCCAGGCCGAGUAUGACUGCCACUUCGACUCCAACGCCAUUCUCCAGGCACAGGCUGACUUGAGGCAGAACUAUGAGAACCUUAGAGCCCUGGCCAAGUUUCACAGGGCCCGACUUGAGGAGACAGUCGCCCUGUUUAGCUUCUAUAGCUCCUGUAGGGAGCUCCAGUCCUGGCUGGAGGCUCAGACAUCCCUGUUCCAAACAUUGCAACCCCAGGGUGACAACUUAGAGGUCACACAGCUCAAAUAUGAGAAUGUUCGCAUGACCUUGGCCACUGGAAAAGGCCACUGGGAGGAGGCCAUCAGCACUGCUGAACAGCUGAAGCAGAGAUGUCCAGGACACGUCUGGAAAAUCCAACAACAACAGGAGGAACUGAAGCACAGGUGGCAACAGCUGGAGGCCCUGAAGGAGGAGAAACUCCUGCAGCUGACACGUGCCAUGGAGGUGUGCAGUCUUUUACAGGAGUCUGAACCCACACGAGCCCAACUGCUAAGUGUGAUAAGCAGGCUGGAGGCUCUGGGGACGAGAAGCUCUGGGGACAGCCACCGUACCCUGCAGCAGACCCAGCAGAAGGUCCUGGUACUGGAGAAGAAGAUCUCCUACCUCCAAAAAGCAACCAUAGAGGUGAUGGAGUCAGGCCCCGCAGAGGGCCGGCUGCUUUGGGAGCAGGUCCUGAUGCUUCAGUCACUGCUGAAACAAGCACAAGGGCGGGUGGCCCAGCAGGUCCAGGUCCAGACCAAGGAUCGGGUUCAGCGAGGCAUCCUCCAAGAGAGCCAGAAGCUGCUGCUGUGGGCAGAGGGCAUCCGGGCUCAACUCUGCAGCAAAAAGGAACUGGAGGACAUGGCCUCAGCCCAGCAGCUGCUGAGGAAGCAUGGAGCCCUACGGGAGGAGACCUGCCUAUGGAAAGAGAGGUUGCAGCAGCUGGAGGCUCAGGGUCAGCUGGUGGCAGUCUCAGGCUCUCCACAGUCCCAAGAGGUGGCCAGUGCGCUAAGGCUCCUGGGCCAGCACAGCCAGCAGCUGAAGGCUCUGUGGGAGCAGAGACAGCAGAAGCUUUGGGCGGGGCUGGAGCUGCAGAGGUUUGGCCAAGAAGUGGAGAGUUUCACUGCUACCUGUGCCAGCCAUGAGGCCUCUCUGCAGCUGGACAAUCUUGGGGAGGACCUAAGGGAGGCCCAGAGCCUGCUGCAGCAGCACCAGGGUUUGGGGUGGCUCCUCAGCUCCCUGGGAUCACGGGCAGAGGCCCUGCGGGCACGUGGUGAGAAGCUGCUUCUGAGCCAGCCCGCUGCUGUGCACAGGAUCAGAGAGCUGCUGCACAGUGCCCAGACACAGUGGACCAGGGUCCAAGAGAGGAGUGACCAGAGAAGGGGACAGCUGCUGGCUUCCCUCCAAUUGCAGGAAUGGAAGCAGGCUGCAGAAGGCCUAAUGCUGUGGAUGGAGGAGAAGUGGCCCAGGGUGGCUGAUGAAGGCCCCCAAACAGGCAGCAACACUCUGCAGUGGCACAAAAUAACCAAGAGCGAGCUAUUGGCCUCCCAUAGGUACAUGGAGGACCUACAGCAGACUGGGAAAGAACUGUUGCAUAGCAACCCAUAUGCACAGGAGGACAUACAGGACAGACUUCAAAGCCUUGGUCACAAGUGGGAAGAGUUGAGCCACAAGACAGCAGAGCAAGGGGACAGGCUGCCACAGGCCAGACAGCAGGGCCAGCUCCUGGAGCUACUACAGGAUGUCAGGGAGAUGAUGGAGCAUCUGGAGGGAGCCCUGCAGAGUACAGAAACCGGGCAGGACCUGUGCUCCAGCCGGAGGCUGCAGAGACAGCAUCGCCAACAAGAGGGCAAGAGCCAGGCGCUGGCCAGCAAGAUGGCCGCCCUCAUCUCUCAGACCCACAAUGUGUUCACUUCUUGGACCAUCCUGGAGGAGAGCCAGAAGUGUCAGCAGAGGUUCAAGUCCCUGCAGAGCAAGCUGGCCACCCGGCAGCAGCAGCUGCAGGCCUCAGUUGAGCUGCAUAAAUUUAACCUCCUUAGCAACCUGGAGCUCACAUGGGUGGCCGAGCAUAUGCCCAGUGCCAGUCCGAUCUGCCCUGCCCAGUGCUGGCGUGACGCUCAGAGCCUUCAACGGAAGCACAAGGUGCUACAGGCUGAGGUGAAAGGUCACGUAGGGCACAUGCACAGGGUGCUAAGUACUGGCCAGAGUCUCGCAGCCUCUGGGCACCCUCAGGCUCAGCAUAUCCUGGAGCAGUGCCAGAAGCUAGAAGGCCACUGGGCAGAACUGGAGCAGACGUGUGAGGGACGUGCCCACUGCCUGCAGCAGGCUGUCACUGUCCAGCAGUACCUUCUGAAUGUGUCAGAGAUGGAGACCUGGGUGGAGGAAAAGCUGCCUCUGGUGAGCAGUCGGGACUACGGCAGCAAUGAGGAAGCCACCUUUGGGCUCAUUAGGAAGCACCAGAUGCUGCGGCAGGAGAUAGCUCUUUGCUGGGGCUCCAUGGAGGAUCUCGUGCAGAGGUUCCAGACCCUUGCUGGAUUUGAGGCCUCUGAGCGGCUGGUUGUGGUACGGGAGAAGUUGCAGGCACUACAGAAGCUGGCAGAUGAUCGGGGGCAGGAGCUGGAGGGGACCCUGAGACUACAUGAAUUCAUGAGAGAAGCUGAGGACUUGCAGAGCUGGCUGGACAGCAGGAAGCAGGUGGUCAGAGGAGAGCACAGCUUUGGAGAGGACCAUGAGCAUGUGCUGCAACUCUGCACUGAGUUUACAAAGUUUCAGCACCAGGUUGAAACUGGUGCCCAGCGAGUGGAAACCUGCCGACAGCUGGCAGAGAGCCUACUAGAGCAUGGGCACAGCGCUGCCCACAAGGCUCACCAGAGGCAGCAGGAUCUACAGGCUGCCUGGUGUGAACUGUGGCAGUUGACCCAGGCCCAAGGCCUCCUGCUCAGUGACGCCGAAACCACCCUUAGAGUCCACAGAGAUCUUCUAGAAGUCCUUUCCCAGAUUCAGGAGAAAGCCACGAACCUCCCUAACGAUGUGGCCCAGGACCUACAUGGGGUAGAGAAGCAGCUCCAGAGACAUGAGGGGCUGGAACGCGAGCUGGCAGGCAUGGAGCAGCAGCUGCAGGAGCUGCUGAAGGCUGGAGGCAAUGUGCAGAAGUUGUGUCCUCAGGCCCUCGCCACUGUGCAGCAGAAGCAACAAGCUGUGACCCAAGCCUGGGAGGCCCUCCAGCUACGCAUGGAGCAGCGCAAGGCCCAGUUGGAGCAAGCAUAUCUCCUGGUCCGAUUCCACACAGUGGUGAGGGACUACACCUCCUGGGUGGCCAGCGUGCAUCUGGAGCUGCAGAUGGAGGACGACUCCUGGGAACCCAGCAGCAUUUUGCUCAGGUUCAGAGCCCACCAAUGGCUGUGGGCAGAACUGAAAGCCAGGGAGGAGCUGCAGGAGCAAGGCACUAAGAUGGGCCAGCAGGCGCUCUUGGUGGCAGGGACACCCACUAAGGUCCAGGAUGGGCUUCAAACCCUACAGGAGAAACGUGACCAGGUGUCCCAGGCCUGGGCACUCAAACACGAGAGGUUGCAGGCCACGCUUCAAGAACAGCGCCUCCUCAGACAGGGUGACCACCUGGUGAAGCUCCUCACAGCCCAGGAGGCAUUCCUCAAAGCCAGCGGCCUGGGGAGCUCAGUGGAAGAAGUGGAGCAGUUGAUCCGAAAGCUUGUCAUCUUCCAGAAAGUGCUGGCUCUCCAGGACAAGAAGGAGUCAGCGCUGUGUGAGCAGUUGAAAAGGAUUCCAAGCCCUAAGGGGCAGAACCUGGUUCACCACGUACGGGAACGCCGGGCUCAAGUGAAGGAACUGGCAGAGAGCCGGGGACAGGCCCUGCGCACCUCCUUGAUGAUAGGCAACUUUACCAGGACGGCAACCCAGGUUGAGGACUGGAUCCAGGAGCGGCUCCAGCAACUGAGAGCCUGCAGCCCUCUUGGGAACCUAAAAGAUUAUCUGAAGCACCUGAGGAAACACCAGGCCUUCAGGGCUGAGGUCCAGGCUCAUGAGCAGAUCGUGACCUCUGUUGCCAAGCAAGGUGAAGGGCUCCUCAGUCAGAGCCACGCUCAGGCUAGAGAGGUCUCCCAGAGGCUGGAGGCCCUGUGGGACCUCUGGGAGAAGCUGAGGCAGGCAGUGACCCUGCAGGGCCAGGCCCUGGAGGACAGAUGCAACUUCCUGGAGUUCCUGCAGAGAGCCGACCUUGCAGAGACCUGGAUCCAGGAGAAGGAGAGGAUGGUGGACCGCUGUGACGUUGGCCUGAACCUUGAGCACUGUCUGCAGCUGUGCAGGCAGGUCUGCAAGUUACAGGUGAGAGGCUCUGUGAGGAGGGUGGAUGACACCCACAUCAGGAGAAUCAAAAACUUGUCACUGCAGCUCAAGAACCAGGGCCCCGAGGAAUCUGAGGCCAUCUGCCAGCGACAAAACCAGCUCAACAAUAGGUGGAAGACUUUCCAUGGCAACCUGCUCCUGUAUAAGCAGCGGCUUGAAGCAGCCCUGGAGAGACACAGAUUGUCCAGUGAACUGGACAACAUCAUUGAGCAGAUCAGGGAGAAGGAAUCGCUGGCCCAGGCCCUGGAGGGCACUGAAGGUUUGGAGAGUGUACAGAGGCUAUCAUGGAGACAGAAAAUGCUGCAGCAGGAGAUGGGCCUCAUCCAGACUCAGGUGGAGUCUCUUGGAGGUAGGGUCAGCCGGCUCUGCGAGGAAAAUCCUGAGGCUGCAGGCGGCCUCAGACAUAAGCAGCAGGAAAUGAUGGACAGCUGGUGGAAGGUCUGGCACAAGGCCCGGAACAGGAGGGAGUUGCUGGAUGUGGGCCAUGAAGUUCAGAAGCUCCAGACCAUGCUGCAGGAUCUGCAGGACUGGGCCCAGGGACUACAGGCUGAGAUGGCCAGGCAGGCCACGCCCUGCAGCCCUGUGAGAAUCCUGUACAUGUUGGAAGAGCACCAGGCACACAAGGUUGAGCUGGACAUCCGAACAGACAGCCUUAAUCUGGUCCGAAGCAUGGGGCAGCGGCUGCUUGCAUCUGGAUACCCGCUGGCCUCUGGCAUUCGCCAGCCCCUGGCUGCUGUAGAGCAGGAGUUGAGUGGCUUGCAGGCAUCAUGGCAGGGGCGGCAGCAGCAGCUACAGCAGGCCCUGGAGCAGCAGCUGUUUCUGAGCUCUGUGGAAAAGGCAGAACACUGGCUUGACAGUGAAGAGGCCUCCCUGACUUGUGAGGAAGUGGCGGACCCUUUGGUCACUGUGGAGAUCCUUCUGUCAAAGCACAAGAGACGUGAGCAGGGCCUGAAGGUACAGGCUGAAAAGAUCAGUGCACUGGAGGCCACGGCCCAUAGCCUGCACCAGGGUGGACACUCUGAGGCCCACAGCGUCCUGGACAGAUGUCAGGCCCUACUCCUGAGGAUGGAGGCACUCACAGAGCAAGCGAGGGCCCGGGGACGACAGCUGGAGGAGCUGCAGAAGCUUCGGAAAUUUUUGCAGGAUUCCAACGAGGUAGCUACAUGGCUGAGGGAGAAGAACCUGGUGGCUCUGGAUGAGGGUCAGCAGGACCCAACCACGAUGCAAGCACAGUUGCAGCAGCAGCAGAAUUUGCAGGCUGAGCUGGAUGCCAGUGUUCACCAGCGGCAGGAGCUCCAGAUGGAGGGGCAAAAGCUGCUACAAGGGGGGCACCCGGCCUCAGAGACCAUCCGGGGGCAACUGGAAGAAUUAGGAGGCCUCUGGGCUGAGCUGCAGACCAACUGCCAGAGGAAGAUGGCCAGACUACAGGGGGCCUCCAAGGUCCUGCAUCUGCAGAGGAUGCUGAGGGAACUGAAGAACUGGCUGGAGCCCAUGGAAGCAGAGCUGAGAGCCCCUGUCAGAAGCCAGGACCUGCCUAGAGUGGGCGAGCUCCUGGGUGCCCAGGAGGAGCUAGAAGCAGCCGUGGAUAGGCAGGCCAGGCAAGUGCAGGAGCUGCAGGGCCAGGCCCAAGCCUGCUUUCAGGAAGGCCACUGCCUCGCCAAAGAUGUGGAAGAGCAAGCCGGGCAGCUGCUUCAGAGGUUUCAGGGCCUUUGGGGGCCCCUACAAGAGCGCAGGGCAUCCCUGGAGGCCCAAAGGCUCCUCUUACAGUUCUUUAGGGAUGUUGAUGAGGAAAUGGCUUGGGUUCAGGAGAAGUUGCCCUCUGCUACAGCCCAAGACUACGGUCAGAGCCUGGGCACUGUGCGCCACCUGCAGGAGAAACACCAGAAUUUAGAGAAUGAGAUCAGUAACCACAAGGCUCUGAGCCAGGUGGUGACAGGUACAGGACACAAGCUUGUACAGGCGGGACACUUUGCCGCUGAAGAGGUGGCCGCCCGGGUGCAGCAGCUGGAGGUGGCUCUAAACCACCUAGAGACAGAGGCAGCACGGAGGGGGAGGAUGCUGCAGCAGGCCCUGGAGGCCCAGCAGACUUUGGUGGAGCUCCUGGAAGCUGGAUCCUGGCUAGCUGAACGGGGCCACAUUCUGGACAGCGAGGACCUGGGCCAGGAUGCUGAGGCCACACAGGCUCUUUUGAGGCACCUGGAGGCCACCACAAGAGACUUGGAGGGGUUCAGCAGUCGCAUUGAGCAGCUACAACAAACAGUAGCCCUUCUGGAGAGUGAGCAGAGCCCAGGCAGUCCUAGGGUGCUGGCCCAGUUGCAGGCUGUGAGAGAGGCCCAUGCACAGCUGUUGCAGAGAGCAGAAGGCAGGGGGCAAGCACUGCGUGAGCAGCUACACCUAUACCAACUAGAGCAAGAGGCCUUGCUCCUGGAUGCCUGGCUGACCACCAAGCUGACUGUCGCUGAGUCCCAGGACUAUGGGCAGGAUCUAGAAGGCAUCAAGGUACUGGAAGACAUGUUUGAUGCUUUCAACAGAGAAGUCCAGAGCCUGGGCCAGGCCAAGAUGCAGACCCUGAGGGAGCUGAUGGCUUCCCUAGAAAGAGGGGCACCCAGGUUCUAUCCCCAGAUUCAAGCUCAGAAGUGUCGCGUCCAGGCCACUUGGGAGAGGCUGAACAAGGCAAUCAAAGCCCGUACAGAGAACCUGGCAGCAGCCCGUGAUCUCCGGAGCUUUGAGCAGGCCGCCUCAGAGCUCCAGGGUUGGAUGCAGGAGACUACCACCCUGCUGGAAGGAGAGUUCCGAGUCCAUGACCUGUCGUCUGCACAGCCCCUGCUGCAGCAGCAGCAGCAAAGGCGUCUUCAGAGAGAAGUGAGGGUUAUUGAAAACGAGGUGUCGAGAGUACAGACGGAGGCCCAUAGGCUCGGCCAGCACCACCCUGUGGCUCAGGGGAGCCUUGGUGAGUGGCUCACCAAGGUGCAGGGCGCCUGGGCCAACCUGGAGGCCAAAGUCCAGGAAUGGAGCCAGAAACUGCUGCAGGCUACCCAGGGCCACACCUUUCUUGGGAGCUGCCGGGAAUUGCUAGUGUGGGCUCAGGAGAAGCAGGAGCUGCUUUCCUCAGAGAAGCAGGCUGGGGAUGUGGUGGGGGCCCAGCAGCUCCUUGAGCAGCAUGAGGAGCUGGAGCAAGAAAUCCAGGAAUGCUGCCUUCAAGCCCAGAACGCACGGCAGGAAGGGCAGCGACUGCUGGACAACGGCCAUUUCAUGUCCCUAGAGGUGGCAGAGUGUAUGCAGGAGCUGGAAAGACACGCGCAGGAGCUUCAGGUAGCCUGGGCCCUGCGUGGACAACGCUUGGAGCAGAACCGGAGCCUGCAACAGCUGCGGCAGAGGCUGGAGCUGGCUGAGGCCUGGCUGGCCUCCUGUGAGUGCCUGCUGCUGGACCCCAGCUGUGGGCACUCGGUGUUGGAUGUGGAACGUCUGCUCUACAGACAAGAGGGCUUGGAAAAGCUGCUGGCAGCCCACGAGGAAAAGUUCACCCAGCUUCAGGUGAUGACUGAGGUUCGAGGGCUGGAGGAAGGGAGGCUGGGUAUACUGAGAAGAGGCCCUGAGGCUUGUUAGGUGGGACAGUUGGUUAAACUACAAGUUAGGGCUCCGUAGGGCAGCAGGGCCUUGUGGAGUCUUCCUCAGGGCUUUUCCCUUAGGAAAGCAAGGAUUGGUUAAUCC